UCAAGUGUGGCGCCGCAUACUGAGUACAAGUGGGGGAGAAAUGGCAUGAAUACAGCCUUUUACUGUUUAGACAAGCUUUACUGUGCGCGCGUUGGAAACUUGUUCAGCCAGCCAGUCUCAAUUUCGAGCUUGUGGACGUUGACAGGUUGACCGACAAACUUAGUCUACAAGGAGACCGUAAAAGAAAAAAAAAUCCCCUCCAAGUCCCAAAGUGACGCUGAUUUGGUUCCGAAAGGAGCAAGGCUGUUGUGUGGUUCAAACCAGGAUACGCUGUUGGACAUGUGAAUUUAAAGGAAAUAACUGGCAAGCGCAACAAUGAAACAAGCGACUGUCCUGUACUGCCUCGACCUUUUCCUGACGUGCCUCUUGUUUGGGUCCAGCUGGUCACAAUCAGUAUGUGCCGGUACGGAGAACAAGCUGAGUACGCUGUCAGACCUGGAGCAGCAGUAUCGCACCCUGAGAAAGUACUACGAGAGUUGUGAAGUCGUAAUGGGCAACCUCGAAAUCACAAGCAUCGAUCGCAGUCGAGACCUCACUUUCCUCAGAUCGAUCCGGGAAGUGACGGGCUAUGUCCUGGUGGCUCUGAACCAGUUUGACUACUUGCCAUUGGAGAAUUUGCGAAUCAUCCGAGGGACAAAGUUGUACGAGGACCACUACUCCCUUGCGAUCUUCCUCAACUACAGACACGACGGAAACUUUGGCCUGCGUCAGUUGGGUCUGAGGAACCUCACGGAGAUCCUGAGUGGCGGCGUCUAUGUUCACCAAAACAACUUCCUGUGUCACGCAGACACCAUUCAUUGGCAGGACAUUGUCAAGAACUCGGGGGUCUAUCCUGUGGUUGUGCCGACCAACAGCAGCUCCACAUGUCAGAAGUGCCAUCGUUCCUGCAAUGGCCGUUGCUGGGGGCCCAAAGAAGACCAAUGUCAAAGCUUAACUAAGACGGUGUGUGCCGUGCAGUGCGACGGCCGCUGUUUUGGUCCCUACGUGAGCGACUGCUGCCAUCGUGAGUGUGCAGGUGGCUGCUUUGGUCCGAAGGACACUGACUGCUUUGCAUGCACAAAUUUCAAUGACAGUGGGGCGUGUGUGACGCAGUGUCCACAGCCUUUUUUGUACAACCCCACCACCUUCCAGGUGGAACACAACCCUCGAACGAAAUACACUUAUGGAGCAUUCUGUGUCAAGAAGUGUCCACACAACUUUGUGGUGGACCAGAGCUCCUGUGUGCGCGCGUGCCCCAGUAACACGAUGGAAGUGGAGGAGAACCGCAUCAAAAUGUGCAUUCCUUGUACUGACAUCUGCCCAAAAGCCUGCGAUGGCAUCGGAACUGCCACUCUGCAGACGGCUCAGACGGUCGACUCCAGCAACAUUGACAAGUUUGUCAAUUGCACCAAAAUAAAUGGCAAUUUGGUGUUCCUCAUCACUGGAAUUAAAGGGGACGUCUAUCACGACAUUGAAGCUUUGGACCCGGAAAAGCUUCACGUGUUUCGCACCGUUAGGGAAAUUACCGGCUUCCUGAGCAUUCAGUCUUGGCCGGAUAACGUAACAGACUUGAGUGUUUUCAGCAACUUGGUAACGAUUGGGGGACGAUCUCUGUACAGUGGGAUCUCCCUGCUGGUGUUAAAGCAGCACGGCAUCUUAUCACUUCAACUUCAGUCUCUCCGUGAGAUCAGCGCAGGCAACGUGCACAUUGUGGAGAAUAGCCAGCUGUGCUACUACAACACAGUCAACUGGACCCGACUGUUCCGCGCCGCCAACCAGAAAGCUUUGACCCGCAACAACAGAGACCCGCAGAUGUGCUCCAAGGAGCGUAUGGUGUGUGACCCGUUAUGUUCCGACUCUGGAUGUUGGGGUCCUGGCCCAGACCAAUGUCUCUCAUGCAGGGACUUCCGUAGGGGACAAAGUUGUGUGGAACACUGCAACCUGUAUGAAGGGGAGAUUCGAGAGUUUGCCAACGACUCGGUGUGUGUGGAGUGUGAUUCCCAAUGCGAGCGGGCUGACGGCAACUCUUUGACCUGCCACGGUCCGGGCCCCGAGCAUUGUGUAAAAUGCAUCCAUUUUAAGGACGGUCCUAACUGUGUGGAAAAGUGCCCAGAUGGCCUGCAAGGCGCAAACAGUUUUAUCUUCAAGUAUGCCGAAAGCAACAAUGAGUGCCAUCCCUGCCAUGCCAACUGCACACAAGGGUGCAGUGGGCCAAGACCUCAGGACUGUAUCGGCUGGAUGGACAGAACCCCUUUGAUCGCGGCAGGGGUGAUCGGCAGCCUCUUCAUGGUGGUUAUCGUGGCGCUGAGCGUGGCGGUGUCUGUGCGCCGGAACAACAUUAAGAAGAAGCGGGCCCUCCGUCGCUUCUUGGAAACAGAGCUGGUAGAACCUUUGACACCCAGCGGGACAGCACCCAACCAAGCUCAGCUUCGAAUCUUGAAAGAGACAGAACUCAAAAGAGUCAAGAUCCUCGGCUCCGGAGCCUUUGGGACAGUGUACAAGGGAAUUUGGAUUCCUGAGGGGGAAACGGUUAAGAUCCCCGUAGCCAUCAAAAUCCUCAAUGAAGCCACGGGGCCCAAGGCAAAUGUGGAGUUCAUGGACAGGAGACAAGUGUUUAUCUUUCAGGAAGCCCUGAUUAUGGCCAGCAUGGAGCAUCCUCACCUGGUGCGUCUGCUGGGUGUCUGCCUGAGUCCCACCAUCCAGCUGGUGACGCAACUCAUGCCCCACGGCUGCCUUCUCGACUACGUCUUCGAGCAGAAGGACAAUAUCGGAUCGCAGCUGUUGCUCAACUGGUGUGUCCAGAUUGCCAAGGGGAUGAUGUAUCUGGAGGAGCGUCGGCUGGUCCACAGGGAUCUGGCAGCCCGCAACGUCCUGGUGAAAUCUCCCAACCAUAUCAAGAUCACCGACUUUGGCUUAGCCCGCUUGCUUGACGUCAAUGAGAAGGAAUAUAAUGCAGAUGGAGGAAAGAUGCCCAUUAAAUGGAUGGCCCUGGAGUGUAUUCAUUACAGGAAGUUUACUCAUCAAAGUGAUGUUUGGAGUUACGGGGUAACAAUUUGGGAGCUGAUGACUUUUGGAGGGAAGCCGUACGAUGGCAUUUCAACCAGAGAUAUUCCAGAACUACUGGAGAAAGGGGAGCGUCUCCCACAGCCGCCCAUCUGCACCAUUGACGUCUACAUGGUCUUAGUCAAAUGCUGGAUGAUUGACACAGACAGCCGACCCAAGUUCAGAGAACUGGCAGCAGAAUUCACCAGGAUGGCCCGUGAUCCCCAGAGAUACCUCGUUAUUCAAGGGGACGACCGAAUGAAGCUGCCGAGUCCCAACGAUAGCAAGUUCUUUCAAAGUCUCCUGGAUGAAGAGGAGCUGGAAGACCUGAUGGAUGCUGAGGAGUAUGUGGUGCCCCACUCCUUCAAUAUCCCACCUCUGACGUACACUUCGCAAACACUCAUGGACCCCAGCAAGUUUUGCUACCAGGAUCCAAAUUUUAGCCGGCAGGACACAAUAGCCACCCUCCCAAGAGGAGUCUCGGUUCCGCCCGUGAGUGGGGCCUGCCUCGUUUCCCAGGACCUGGCCUCGGGAGGGCAGACCGGUGGUGGAUUUGUCCGCGCCAAACAGGAGGAUCCGAGAUGUAACGGCACUUUAAGGAAGCAGGCCUCCCCGAGAUCAAGCGUCCUUGUGGCUGGAUCAGCACUUUCUACAGGACAAGGCACGUGUGAGGACUGCAGCGGACAGCGUUACAGUGCGGACCCGACUGCUCUCCUUGCCGAACGAGGAGCCAAGGGGGAGAAGGAGCAGGAUCCAUACGCCACGGCCAUGAGAGAGAGGAAGAGUUCAGAGCACAUCAACGCUGUUGAGGAAAACCCUUUCAGUGCACGUCGCAAAAAUGGAGAAGCCCAUGCAGUGGUUGACGGGGGAGGCUGCCGCACUCUGCACAUGGCCGGAGCCGUUGCCGCGGCCGCUUCUGCCGCUGCCGCUUCCGGCAGCCACUCCGCCCACAGGAACGAUGAGUAUGUCAACGAGCCGCUUUACCUGAACACCUUCCUUAACACCGGGGACAAGAACGGAUUAGCUACGGCCGUCUCCUUCUCCGUACCGGGGACUUCGACUGCCCAAACGGUAUCACAGACGGUUAACAAAUCAACAUCAAGCUACACGGUCCCCACGUCCGGAUACGUGCUGGCCCCUGGCCACCUCCCCCACCCGGCGUAUCCAUCCCACACCCUGCAUCCGGGGCAUUCGGGACAUGCUCUGCACUCAGGCAUUACCGGCGGCGCCGUCAUGUUCGAUAAGAAAGGCAAGAAGGCUGCUUUUGACAAUCCUGAAUACUGGCAGCACAGUCUCCCUCCGAAAAGCACUCUGCACAACCCGGAGUACCUGCAGGACUGCAGCACACGCUUCUUCUACAGGCAGAAUGGACGCAUCCGCCCUGCCGUUGCUGAAAACCAGGAAUACUUGUCGGAGGCGGCCAUGAAAGCCGGCAACAUGUUACCGCCCCCUCCCUACAGACAGAGGAACACUGUGGUGUAGUCACCCACCUGUAGCACGCAAAAAGAGGGCCGAAGCCGUUGAGAAGAACGAACCUGGCGCUACCCUCACGUUCUCAAACUGGAUUCUUCUUAAACCCGGUGUGAACGUCACCGUGAUUUCAUCCUGGCUCAAAGCCUUGGCAUGUCCCGAGAGUGCUACGUUCGCAGUAUGACAAAAUGUCUCUAGUUCUUUUCUUUCACUCAAUCCCUAUGUUCUCUUUUCUUUUAUUUCAAGCGCAACAAGGCCAGCCCUUACUGCAGUAGGUCCGGAGACACAAAAGUAAUCUGUAAUUAAGAAUAUGGAUUUGUUAUGGAGGACACGAUCCAAAUCCAGUGGAUAGCCCAAAGAGAGGAUUAUUGCCAUGACUGAUUCAUUACACUUCCACUUCCAUAAUCACAAGCUAAUAAUCCCCGUCGCCUUUUGUGACUCCUUCCCACGGAGCUGAACUCAUCUCGUGGCAGCAAGCACACAUUGGCAUUGCUUGUGUGUAGCCCGCAAAAGUGAUGCAAGCCCGCAGAGUUGUCGUGACUUGCCAGCAAAAAAAAAAAACAUAAAAAAUAAGCUGCAGUCAUGCUGAAGCCCAGAUGUUGCAAACCCACACACUUCUUUCACAUGUUGCUGCACCACUCAUGGAUUUCAAAUAUUUAUCACAAGCAGUAUUGAUCUUCACAGCCUUGACAUGCCAAUAAAAUCUCCAAACAUGAAUUCAGAACUAAGCGCAUUCACAUAUACGUUGCCACCUAAAACGGAUUCUCCAAGCAAGGGAAGGGCCGUUAGCCUUCAGAAUGAAUACACAGUGUUCCGAUACAAUCUUCUGCAAUGACGUACUGUAGGUGCCGUGCGCAGAAAUCGUCACCAUGAAAAAAAUCUCGGUGCCAUUUUGUGGAAAGUGAACUUAAAGUCUGGCGGAGAGAUUCUAGAGGAUUACUGGCAUGGCUCAAAUGUGAACGCGUAUAAGGUAACCUUUUCCAUAAUCUUGUUUUCCUUCUUGUUCUCAAACCUUUCGGCCUUGGAAAAUAUUGAAGAUAGGACCCCAAAUGUUCUGUUUUUCAUGUAAAUGUGUGUGACAUGGCCAUGUUAUUUGCUCUGCGAAUUAUUUUUUGCCAUCCGCUAUACAGUAUUAUUACCCCUCGUGUGUGUGAAUUUACAUCAGUGACAGUAGUUGAGAGUCGGCAAAAGGCUCCCUAAUGGAUCUCAAUGGAAAGAAAAGCCGAUCUUAUGGAAGACAAAACCAGUGGGGGCACUCUUGCGGCUAAGUGGCUUUUAGCUUUUUCAAUGCUACUUCAUCCACAUUUCCUUGUUGUUCCGAGCGGGAAAUUGUGUUCCCCGACAUCUCACCCACUCCAAAAACCCUCGACAACAGGCUAUUAUUAUAUAGACAUAGGUUGUUGUCACGGCGAGUGUGAGGCUAACGUAUUAGCAUUCUAGAAACGUGACCUCACCACUGCAUCGGUGUCACGAAAGCUUGGCAGUAUUAUGGCGCAACAACUUUGUGUUGAUCGCAAGUGUCAUUCGUCUGUUUUACCUUUCAGGUGUAGAAAUAUGUGUAGCAAAUACUGCUUGAAGAAGUGACAGCUGAAACACUCAAAAAAUUGUACCAUUUCCAAACCAGAAUGUUCAAAACGUCACACACACAAAAAAAGAAACAGGCCGAACUGUCACAUCAUAAGAUUUCACUUUACUUCAGUUAGCAAGCACUUUGUAAGUUGUUUGUCAAAACAUUGCACAAACAGUU